AUGCAAUACAAGCUAGCGUCAAAGAGAUCGACUAUGAUUUUGUAGCUCCAAAAAUAAAAGCUGGUUCCAUUUAUGAAAUAACACAUUUCCACACUGGUCGCAACAAACCAUCUCACAAAAUUGUACCACACGUUGCACAAUUGUUCUUUAAUGCAAGAACAACUUUCAAAGAACUGCCAACCAUUCAGCCACACAUUCCACGACAUCGAUUUUAUUUGGUUGAUUAUACUCAAUUGUCCACUCGGAUUGACAAAAUUGACAUCCUAACAGAUGUUUUUGGACACAUUACUGCAAUACAACCAUUGGAACAAAAAAUGGUGGGCAAUGAAAGGCUUGAGGAUAAAUGGGAAGUCUGCAUCGAAAAUAUCAGGAAAGAAGAUGUUAGAAUAACCCUGUGGGGAAAUACUGCAAAAACUUUUGAUUCCCAAGCUUUACAACAAUCGACAUCACCAAUAUUCGCAGCUUUUACAAGCCUGAAAGUUAAACAAUUUCAAGGGAAAAUUGUUCUGAACAGUAGUGUCUCCACAUUAAUUUUUAUCAAUCCAGAUAUACAAGAAUUGGCGGCCUACAAAACGAUCUUUAAUGACUCCACACAUGCCGUUAAAAUGAUGCCUUCUUCCACCGCUCAACUAAUGACACCUCAAUAUUUAGAAGCUGCUAAAAAGCUGUCUGUCCAAGAGUUAAACGUUCUUGAUCCAGAGACACAUAAGGACACUCCCAUUUUAUGCAGAGCAGCUAUUACGCGUUUUGACACACGUAAUGGUUGGUGGUAUAAAGCAUGUCCAUCUUGCUUUAAACAACUUCGAACUGCUGCCCACCGUGAUGAACUUUUGUGCCCAAAACACAAUAAUCAAAUUCCUCUCCCUUGGUUCAAAGUGAGCUUGGUGCUUGAAGAUUCAACUGAUGAAACUAAUGCUAUCAUAAUUGGAAGACCAGCAGAACAACUGUUUAAAAUUUCUUGCAAUGAAUUGGUUGUUCAAAGAGGUUUUACCGACCAACAACAAUUACCAGAUGUGAUUCUACAAACAAGAGGACAAGUUAAAAUUUUCCAACUUCGAUUUGGAAGCAUGAGAAGUGAUUUCAACAGAAAUGAUCUACUCAUUCAAGCAAUCUUCGAUGACACAAUGCCGCUUAUUGAACCAACACCGCAAUCAUCUGAAAAAAGUUUGGCUGCACAUGAUACAGAAACUAUUGGAGCACAAAUGGUUCCACCCAUUACCCCACUUCUCUCAAAGCCAAUUCCAAGUGCAUCUUCCACAAGCUCAGCUGAUGCUUCUAUAACAGAAGUUACUCCAAUUUCAAAAAAAAGAUACAAAGACGCUGUCAAAAGAGCUCUAUUCACCUUUCGUCCAUCAAAAAACCAAAAAGCAUCUCUUCCAGUCAUGUUCAAACCGAAACCAAAUCUGAAAAAAUGGUUACAACAAAAACCAUGGAAGAAACUGUAUCAGAUUCUGAUUUACCAAUCAUUGGCCUCAAGAAAAAAUCAAACAUGGAGAAUUUGCCAACCAGCACUUCUACCUCAAAAAUAAAGGUCGAGACCUCCAUCAAAGAAAAAAAAAAUCAUGAAGAAAGUGCAAAACAAGGCUCGCCCAAUUAGAUAACGUGGUGUACAAAACUAUCCAAAUUUUGCUAUUUUGAUGUCUACUUCCUACUAUAAACAUCUCAAUGUAUAUAAAAACAAGUGUAGUACUUUAACAUAACAAGUAGCCUGUAAAAUAUGUUAUUACAUGCUUUUUUCCAAC